CUUCAGAAUCACCCCACACCAUUUCUCUUUCCAUCCACACAAUGAUGGAACAGUUUAAAGCCACCUCCAAUGGUGCAUAAUGUAAGUAUACCAAAUCUAUAGUUUGGUGGUAGCUGGAUAGGAAGGUCACAAAUUCAAAUCCCAGCACCGACAAGCAGCCACUGCUGGGCCCUUGAGCAAGGCCCUUAACCCCCAACUGCUCAAUUGUAAGUCACUCUGGAUAAGGACGUCUACCAAAUGCUAUAAAUGUAAAUGUAACCUAUUUGUAGUGCACUUGGAAGGAGUGAAUGGGCGGGUUGGGAUUUGGCCGCAGCUAGUAACCACUGUGAAAGAUUGAAUGGGUGACGUAGAGGAAGUACCGGCCCUCACGAGCAACAGCCUGCGCGUUCACAGAGUCUCCAAUUACACACACACACACACACACACACUGAGCUGAAUGAGCGAGCUUCAAUUCCGCAACAACGUCAAGAUCUUGAGUCGUAGCUUUUCUAAGGACGAAAGCGGGAAUUGCUGCAAUGUAGCACCAUAUUGAGAACAGGGGGGCGAAAAAAGUAUAGCGCGAGCGCUCACUUCAUACCGAUUUCCGUCUUUUUUUUUUUUUUUUUUAGAUGACAAAGAAUGCGCGUGAGAUUCUAAUGCAGGAAAAAAUGUCUUUUCGUCACACACGCGUUAUGAUGCCGAGGGAUCGCGUUUGCAGCUGAAAAUCCUAAAAGAAAUAAAUAAUUCAGCAGCCGGACUAGAGAGAGAGAGAGAGAGAGAGAAGAGCGCGCGCGCUGGAGCGGCGCCUUGAAUGAGCUGCAAGUUUUUCUACGGUGGAAAAAAAAACGAAAGAAAAAAGGGGGCGUUCUGUGAUCGCGCGCUGCGAUCGAGGCUGACGCUCGCGCGCCAGAAAGCUCGCGGUGGUCCCGCCGCAGAAGCGCACUCCUUCCUCGGGUUUCCUCGGCUGCUGCAUCGUGAUCUUUUUUUUUUUUUUUCAUGCGCCUCCGCAGCAUAACUUCUCCGAUUCGCGGUAUCGGUCGUGCAGUCUAAAUGCUCCACGCGGCCGUCGCGCGUCCCCGUAGGGAUCGUAGGAAAAACAGAUGCGACCGGCGUGCAAAUGGAUCGCGUGUUGGGUUUGAGGAUUUACAGGGACUGUUUGCAGGUCGUUUCUGAGAUGCGUUGCGAGUGACCCCCCCCCAACUCCCCAACCAUCAUCAUCAUCACCACCACCAUCACCACCAGCAGCAGCAGCAGCUUCUCCUCCUGAAAUUACGCAUUCCUUCCGUGCGCCAGUUUAAUUCACGGUAUCUUUUUCUUUUUUUUAAAAAAAAAUGGCAAACCAAAGUCCAUAUGACAAUCGGGAUAUUGUCGAGAAGUAUCUCUAUCACAAACUUUUGAAGCGAGGCUACGUGUGGGAGUUCCGCGACACAGCCGCCGGAUCGAGGGAGCCGCCGUUGCUGGCGGCGGCGGAGGAAGUUGCGGAGCGCAGGCCGCGCGCCGUCUUGCCGCUGCACCGCGUUCUGCGUGAGGCCGGAGACGAGAUCGAGCGCACAUACCAGCGCGACUUCGCGGCCAUGUCCGACCAGCUGCACUUCACCCCGAGCACAGCGCAGCGCCGCUUCACCGCAGUCAUCGAGGAGCUGUUCCGCGACGGGGUGAACUGGGGCCGCAUCGUGGUCUUCUUUGAGUUCGGGAGCACCCUUUGCGUGGAGAGUGUGAACCAGGAGAUGGCGUCCCAGGUGGACAACAUCGCAAGUUGGAUGACGGAUUACCUGAACGGCCCGUUGCAGAACUGGAUCCGGGACAAUGGUGGCUGGGAUGCCUUUGUGGAGCUCUACAGUCACCAGAGAGCAUCUCUGUUCCACCCCUGGCCCUAUUUAAAGACAGUCUUUGGUCUGGCAGCACUGGGAGCAGCAGGAGUCACCAUCGGUGCCCUUUUCUCUCAGAAGUGAUUGUGGUGAAGUUGAUGAUAUCCAGAUCAUCAACAUCCGUCUUUCUUUCACUGUUUCUCCUCUGGCUUUUGAAGGCCCUUGGUUUUUUUUAUCAGCGUAGCACUGCCCUGCUGUUCCAUCCAUGUUCUGGAGCUGUCCUUGAGACUAAGUGGAAGAAAUGCAUUUGGGGGAAAAAAAAACAAGACCUAAUAUAACUAUCACUGCCAUGUAUAGAUCUAGAUAUGUAUAUAUUUACACAUAUAAAAGCACACACAGCACAGAGCACAACUCCAAAAUUCAUGGACCACAUAAGCACACACAAAUGGCGGUUAGUUCUAUUGUUGCAAACAUUAUUUACACUUGAACUAUGAUGAAACUUUCAGAAGGCCAUGUCUGAUACUUAUUAUGAUUUCAUUACUUUGUGUGUAGCAUGAAAUGAUAUCUGUAUAGCAUAGGAGUUAAACCCCCCCACCCCAAAAAAAAAAAGGAAAAAAAAAAAAAACGUUUUGAAGCAAGAGACUGCGAUGAAUGCUCCAUUGUCUGAAUGCAUAGUGGAUAGCUCCUUUAAUUUUUUUUUUUUUUUUUUUUGCAUGAUAGCCUUUUUAGCAUGGAAAAGUACCACCUGUGUAGGACAUUGUUGGCUAUAUUUUUGUUCUUUUUCUUUUUUUUUUUGGGAAAUCCUUCUCCUUCUCAACUGUUUCUCAGCAUACCUCUCGAAAGGAGCAGAUGCUAUUUGUCUCUCAUUAGGCAUGCUCGUCUGUUUGAUUUGGCGGGCGAAUCUCUUGGUUUGUCCUUGCAGUAAAACUGCUAAGGUUGCUUUGAACAGCUUAAAAGUUGUUUUUCUGGGAUAUACCACACCUGAAUGUAUAAAGACCUGUCUCUGUGCAUGGUGUGACACUCUAGAGACACUUAACCUUCGUCAUCUCAUCUGGUGUGUAUUUGCUUUCAUUUCACAUCCUUUUUUUUAAAAAAAAAAAAAAAAAAAAGAAAAGAAAUGGAAGAAAGUGAAGGAAAUUUUUGAGGGCUAAAAUCUAUCAUGUAAAAUUUAUUUUAGCAACAGGACAGCAGGAUCCAUGUAGAGAGAUGUAAAAGUGUGUGUGUGUGUGUGUGUGUGUGUGUGUGUGUGUGUGUGUGUAUUUGAUUGUAAGUAGAACGUGUUGAGAGAGCUUAGCCAGAAAAGGUGGGUAUAUCUCAGCCACUACAGCAAAAAGAGAAAAAGCAGGGCAGCUGGGGGCAGCCAGGUGUGGCAGGUAGUUGAAGGGGAAUUGGGAGGGGGCAGGUGAGGUACAGCAGAGGGACUCCAGCUGGAAACAGAAACUUCAUUCAGCCUUGCACAGAUGGCAUCCAGGAGGCAAAAGCUUGAGAAUGAAAUAUAAUAAUUAUAAUAAUAAUAUAGUAAGAAUAUCAAUAAUCCUAUCAACAUUUUAUUAUUGUUUUCUUGAAAAAAACAAAUUUCCCAUACAUUAUUUCCUCGUUAUUAGAAAGUUAUACAUUGGGACACACCUGGACAAUUAAGAUGGUGCAAUGGUGGUCUAAUGACCCACUGGAGAAAAAUCUAUCAUUUCAACUAUCGGACUUCCGUAUAUUCCAUUCAUCAAGUACAGAACCUUGACUGCUGUGCCAGCACUGCCCACUGAAGAACCCCUGAAAAAGUGCUUGGGCUCCCCACCUUUCCGUGUGCUCCCGUAGGAGCUGUAGGAGUCAGCUUGAAGUUGAAGUUGACAACCUGAACCUGUGUGCUUCUGCUGCUGCUUUCAUCCUGUAUGGACAUUGUGUGGAAUCAGUUAUUCCAUUGCUAAUUGUAGCACAUCCGUCUGUCACAUUCAGCUGGGGGGGUAGAAAUCUUUGACAAUCAUGGUGAAUCUCAUGUAAAUAUUGUAACCAUUCAUUUUAUUAUAUCAAGUUAAUGGACUUUUUUGUCUCCAGAAUGAAAGUCAUCAAAGAAUCACUCGGGCUGAACAGCAGAACUAGUGUUUCAUGUUCGAAAGGUACAAAAAAAAGCAAAAAAAAAAAAAAAAAAAAGCAAAAAAAUUUAAAACAUGGA